UUAAUUACAUCGGGGGUAUCAUUAUUAUCCAUUAAAAAACAGAAUGUAGUUGGAUUGACAAAAUAAAUGUUAGGAUUGACAAGGUAAUUCCGUAAUUCCUGUUACUUGUAUUUUUUUUUUUGAAGCAAUUCCUGUUACUUGUAUUACCCAACUCCAAACGCUGCGUUUUAACAAAACAUCAAGUUUUACACCACAAAAUUAAUUUGUAAAAAAAUUCUGGAAAAUUAGAGCUGACGAGAGACCUCCCGAGUCAAAACGUUGUGCGCAACUCGGUCUCCGACUCUCAACGCGUCCGAGUCACAACGCCGGCUUUCGUUGCCUACAAUUCUUUUGCUCUCUAAAUUCUUUCAAUUUUUUACUCGCAUUUCUAAUUUAGGAUUUAGUAUACUAAAAAAUAAUUGAUCAUUUUGAUUUUGAUCAAAUUUUGAGUUCAUUUUGUUCGGUUUUACUCACAAUUUCUGACGCGAAUUUUCGGAAGCUCUUCAUACAACAUACAGAUUAAUUUUGUACUGGAGUUCGUUUUGUGAAAUUAUACAAUCAUGAGCUUUGUGUUUCGAGGGUCUCGAGCUGAUAUCGAGAAUGCUUUUCCAGGAAUGAUCCCUGAACGGCGCGUGCGCAUUCAUGCAGCACGGCCAGUGAAUACCAAUUCACUUGCUUUUCUUGUUACUGUACUCUUGAUCUUCAUGAUACUAAAUUCACAUCAAAUGUCACCGAAUUUUUUGCUCUGGCUGGUAUUUGGCUUCUUUUUGAUGGCUACUAGCCUAAGAAUGUAUGCCACAUGUCAGCAACUUCAAGCACAGGCACAAGCACAUGCUGUAGCAGCCAGUGGCCUACUUCGCCAUACUGAGCUCCGUUUGCAGAUGCCACCAUCUAUUGCAUUUGCCACUAGAGGACGUCUGCAUGGCCUUAGGCUGCAGCUUGCUCUUCUUGAUCGGGAGUUUGAUGAUCUUGAUUAUGAAACUUUAAGAGCGCUGGAUGCUGACAAUGCACCUGCUGUUCCUUCAAUGAGCGAGGAUGAAAUAAAUUCUCUUCCUGUUCACAAAUAUAAAGUUACCGAUGUAGAAGGUGAUAUGGUAUCAAAUAAGCAGGCAUCAUCUUCUGCGUCUUCUGAGCAGCAGGACAUUUCUAUCAAUAUUGGCAGCUCCAAGGGAAGCUCAGAAGAUGAACUAACUUGUACUGUAUGUUUGGAGCAAGUAAAUGUUGGAGAACUCAUUCGUAGCUUGCCAUGUUUGCACCAGUACCAUGCUAGUUGCAUUGACCCAUGGCUUAAACAGCAGGGAACGUGCCCUGUAUGUAAGUAUAAGGUUGGGACUGGCUGGCACGAAGACAGCCAUGAUGAUGCUUCAUAUAUGGUUUAAAAAAGCUCUGUAAACAUUGCAUUCAGCCAGUUUAUGGUUAUAUGUAGCUUAAGUGUUAAGCUGGGUGCCUCUACAUUCAUGUGAAAAUUUAGCUCAUCCCGGAACGUACCAGUAGUAGGAGUAUUUGCUGAUACAUUGUUAGAAAGUUUAUACACGGCAUGCUCGGUACAAUAUAAUAGAAUAGACAGAAUGGUAAUGAUGUUUCAUGUGAACAUGCACUACAGUAUGGCCUAUAUGUGUGGGUACUGAAAAAUACAACUGAAGAUGUUCUUCGUUGGGCUAUUGUAUGAAAGUUACAUGUAAAAUUGCCCCACUCUUUAUUUUAUAGUUGUACCAAACAAGUCGUGAAGUUAAGCCUCUUGCUUUGCUUUGUAAAUUUAUUAGCUUUAUUAGAGAACUUGCAUUAUUACAUUUUUCA